AUGGGUUAUGGUUGUAGCCUUGUAGGGUUAAUCUCCUAUACAUAUAAGUUGCGAACUAUCCCUAAAAUUACUGUAAGACUGAGAACUAAUGGUGGAAAUGGGUCGUCCACUGGUAAGAUGCUAACAGGUGGCGAUGAAUUCUUUACAGAGGGAACACCAAUGGAAGAAAAGAAAAAGCAUAAGAAUUGCAUCAUGAGUUUGUAA